AUGGCAGCAGCAGCAGCAGCAGCAGCAGCAAGCCGCUGCUCGGAGCUGCUGGCUGUGGGCAAAUGCCCCGAAGGCUCCCCACUUUCGUUAAUUUCAAAACUGAGGACUUUUGAGUUAAAAGAAAUCGGCAGCAAAGAGUGGCUGCAGCAGCAAGCUGAGCUCGAGCAGCUUUCUGCUGCUCUUCAUGAGGAAGCCAUUAGCGGGGGCCCCGAGACAACACUGCAAUGCUUUUGUGGAACAACUAAGGUUGGUGUGCUGAUAGAGGAAAUAAUCUCCAUUGAUUUGUGGAAGGAAAAAGUUUUGCCUUUCCUCAAGGAAGACUCCAGGGCCUCAAGCUUUGCUUUCUACCUCCCAGUCUAUUACGAAGCUCUCUUAGCCUCCAUAUUAGAGAUUUUGCUGUUCAAUCCACUUGCAGCAGCAGCAGCAGAAGCGCAGCUGCCGGAUCUGGUGGAGUACUGCCACAGGAAGCUUCAGAAUAUGCUGCUACGGAGCACGGGCGAAGGAGCAGCAGCGGCCGUCGACCCCGCUGCUGCUGCUGCUGCUGCUGCUGCUUCUGCUGCUGCAGCGCAGCAGCAGCAAGAAGCAGACGUGGCCUUCGCCGUAGAAAUGUGCUGCUUGUCAAUUCUUCGAUUUAUCUGCGACAGCAGAAAGGACAUGCAAAUGACUGUCACCACUUUGCUGUACGAACAGUACGGUGGGACUAGUAGCAGCAGUGGGGGAAGCAACAGCAGCAGCAGCAGCAGUGGUAUCAGUACGAGUAGCAAAAGCAGCAGCAGCAGCAGCAGUAGUAGUAGUAGAAGUAGCAGCAGCAGCAGCAGCGGUGUCAAGGAAACACAGAAACGGGUCGGAACAACAACAACAUCAGCAGCAGCAGCAGCAGCAGAAUCCGCACCGCAGGCGCAAGCAGCAAGACCAAAAAGAGAUGCGGUAGCAACAUCUCUAACAGCAGCAGCAGCAGCAGCAGCAGCAGCGGCAGAAUUGUUGUUAUCUUCGCAGAUGUGCUGCUAG